UUCAUUCUUUCCCAUCAACACCCCCACCCCACCUCUCUUCCUUCUUCGUCAUCCCUUUUCUCCACACACGCAACGCAGUUGUUUGUCUCUCUCUCCCUCUCCCUCUCUCUCUCUCUCUCACGCACACACAUACACACACACACAAGUUGAGAACUUCUUUUCUAAUUCACAAACUCCUUUCUUGAAAGUCCUUCAAUCUACACCCCACUUCUCUCCUCCCUUCUAUCCCCCAACUGUUGUUUGAACUCACACGCGCAACCAACCAGUUGGUUCUUUCUGAAGACGACACCGGACAGCCAUCCUGUGGUGGUUGCCGACGGCUCAACUAUGGCUGAACACGUUAGGUAUAGGAAGCCCAGAAAUCCUCCCCAGCCCACCACCAGCCACAAUCUAGAUAGAGAUCCGAAUUCCUCUCGUUCGAGACCCACCAUUUCCUCUAUCCUUCUUUCCUCCGGCCCAAUCAAUGAGACCACCUCCAAGAAAAAGAAUUUCUCCUCAGCUACAUUCAGAGGACUGGGCUGUACUGCCUCCUCUCAAGUCUCAGUGCCUGCAGUUAUAAGAACAUCGGCCAAUUGGGAAGCCAAGAAAUUGAAAAAGAAGAGGCUUAAGACCAAGAAAAGUGGCAACGACAAGCUACCAAUGAACAACAACAGCUCCGCUGCUGCCAUAAGUAACAGUAACCCAUCACCACAAUCAUCGAUUUCUUUGGCAUUGUCAUCUAGUUGUGUGGGUGUUCCUGAUGUUUGGUGCGGCCCGGGUAUGGGGCUAACUACUGAUGCUGCUUCUGUGGAUUGUGUUGUUUCAAGGAGGCCUCCCAGAGGCAAAGUUGAUGGAGUUGACAGGAUUUUCCUUGGUCAGAGGGAGCGGUCGUAUACUGUGAGGAGAAUGGUUACUCCUGAGGACAAUCCUUUCCUAGAAUCUGAAACUGCCUUGGGGGUCCCUCGUAUUCGGUCUGAUGUUUCUGGGUCCAGACAUCAUCGUCAUGUCAGACAUGGUUUCCGCGAAGGGCUUGCUGAGAUUGUAAUGCUCCAAAACAGUCUGCUGAUGGGAGGGAGAUCGGAUGGGCUUGACAGAUACAGGGAUCUGAGGCUUGAUGUUGAUAACAUGUCAUAUGAGGAAUUACUGGAACUCGGUGACAGGAUUGGGUAUGUUAGCACUGGACUGAGGGAGGAUGAGAUAGCUUGCUGCGUGAGGAGGACCAAACUGGCAAUGUUGGACGAUUUGCCAUUGCAUUUUGCCUCAGAAAUGGAGAAGAAAUGCAGUAUAUGCCAGGAGGAAUAUGAGCUAGAUGAUGAGAUGGGGAAGCUGAACUGCGGACACUUCUAUCACAUCGAUUGCAUAAGGCAGUGGCUCGGGCAGAAAAAUAGCUGCCCGAUCUGUAAAACAGCUGCUGGGUCUCAGACCUCAGAUAAAUAGGUUGCACGACUAAUACAUCUUGCUGGUGCUUUCUUAUAUUCUGUAUAGAUUUCGAUAUCUUUGAAAGAAAGAUCACUCUUUCAUGUGUCAAUCUUGUUUCUCUGUACCAAGAAUUAAUGCCAUUUUUUGUGUUGGCAACUUCCAUGUUGAUACAAAAGCACGCUCGAAAAAUCGUUGUAAGCUGAUGUUCCUAUUUACAGGUUGGUUGUGCAAUUUCUUUGAAGACUA